AUGGCGGACAUCAAUGCGAUCGCAAAGCAGUUCACCGACUACUACUACCAGGUCUUCUCCGCCGACCGGAAGAACCUUGCGCCUCUCUACCGCGACCACUCGAUGCUCACGUUCGAGGCUCAGCAAUUCCAGGGCACCAACGCGAUCAUCGAGAAGCUCGCUAGUCUUCCCUUCACCUCGAUUCAGCACCGCGUCACGACCAUGGACGCGCAGCCUGCGGCAACUGACAAGGCGUCGAUGAUCGUCCUCGUCACUGGCCAGCUCAUCACCGGCGACGAGACCAACGCCCUCAACUUCUCGCAAGCCUUCCACCUCAUGCCCGAGAACGGCUCGUACUACGUAUUCAACGACCUGUUCCGUCUUAACUAUGGCUGA